AUGGCUGAAAUUGCCGUCGGUUUCUUGCUCCAAAGGCUGGAACGCGUCUUGGCAGACGAAGCCAACCUCUCGACACGUGUCCAUCAUGAAGUGAACGCCCUAAAGAUUGAGCUGGAGAAGAUGAGAUCCUUUCUAACGGACGCUGACAGCAGGCAGAGUGAAGACGCGCCAGAGCAGGCUGUGGAGACGUGGGUGGAGCAGGUGCGACGAGCAGCAUUUGAUUCGGAGGACAUCAUAGAUGAGUUUAUACUUCAUUUUGGGGAACCCAAUGGAACUGGUUUUAUGGGCUCUCUGCGAAGGGUUUAUCGGUCGAUCACGCGCUGGAGAGAGCGUCAUAAUCUCCAAGGAAGGGUCAUGGAGAUGAGGGAAACGAUAAGAGUGAUAUCUGAAACAAGGGUUAAUUGGCUAAACUUGAAUCAGUCUAGGGAAGGAUCCAGCUCCAAGGGUGCUGAUCUGAGUUUGAGGUUGGAUCUUCCCGCGGAGAUUGCUGAAGACGGUGCCGUCGUGGGGAUAGAGCAUGAGAUUAAGAAAGUAAAGGAUUUUUUAGUAGGAGGAGGAAAGGAACUGACAACAAUCUUAUUGCAUGGGGGGGCAGGUAUGGGGAAGACGACCCUCGCUAAGAAAGCGUAUAACGACUACAAUGUGCGGUCGCAUUUCGAUUGUCGCGCUUGGGUCACGGUCUCCAAAUCUUUUCGUCCCCGCGUAGCUAUCCAUAGCAUGCUAAAAGGCUUCUAUAAUUCAAGUAAGGAAAUGUUUCCUUCCAAGCGCAAGGUAGAGGAGGAUGUCGAAGGAAUGACGCUGGAACUGAAUAUGUAUCUCAAGCAACGGCGGUAUCUCCUUGUUCUUGAUGAUGUAUGGGGUGCGGAUGUCCUGGAAAGGCUUACUUGUCCAUUUCCAAGCGACAACUGUGGAAGCAGGAUCCUUGUCACUUCUCGCGAUCCCUGUGUUGUUUCAACGAUCGAAAGGUGGAGGAGGGAGAGGGCGGUCAUACCCGUUAUACGUAACUCUUUGCCUGCCCAAGAUUCGAUGGACCUGUUCUGUAGCAAGGCAUUCCGUGGAGGCAUUUGCCCGCCGAAUCUUGUCGAUUGCUGUCAGAAAUUAGUAGACAAGUGCGGUGGUUGGCCGAUCGCAAUCGUCACACUAGCGGCUGCUAUGUCGAGGGCGGGGCAGUCUCCAACAGAAUGGAAUGGGGUUCACGACCACCUGGGCUUCGAGCUGGGUGCUAAUCAAGAUUUUCAUGCCUUGACGAAAGUCAUCUCUCUGAGUUACGAUGAGCUGCCUUUACACCUUAAGACAUGUUUUCUAUAUUGUGUCAUCUUUCCCAGGGAUUAUUCUAUAAAAGUAAACAAGCUGAUCAGACUAUGGGCGGCGGAGGGGUUCAUUGAGAGAAGGCCGGGUCUGGCAGUGGAAGAACUUGGAAAGCAAUAUCUUCAACAACUUAUCGACAGGAGCUUGCUCCAAAUUGUAGGAAAGAAUGAUAAAGGAAGAGUGAACAGGUGCAAGAUGCAUGAUCUUGUGCGUGAAUGGGUGUUGCGAAUAUCUUCAAAGCAGUGGUUUUUAAAUGUGAUAUCUGUGUAUAAUGGAAACGAAGGCGACGAAGGAGAGAACCAAAGAAGCAGACGUCUGUCACUCCACGGUGCAGGCACCGAAUAUCUCGGACAGUUUGCAAGCGAGCAGCUGCAGCGCAUCCGCUCAUUCUUCAUGUUUGGUGCACCGGACUGCGACAUUGGAGUCAUCCACCGUUUCUUGUUAAUGAGAGUGUUGGAUCUACAAGAUGCCCCCAUUAAUGAACUACCGAAUGCUAUCGGUGGUUUGUUUCAUUUGAGAUACUUGAACCUGAGAAGGACCAGGCUCAGGAGGCUCCCGGCUUCUAUUAAGAAGCUCCACAACCUCGAAGCAUUGGACAUCAGGGACAACCUAAUAGAAAGACUACCCAACAUAUCAAAGAUGAGAAUGUUGCGCUACGUAUCAGCAUAUUCCCAUCUCACAGAUCCCUUCACUCUCAUUCAGUUAUCUUUAUCGGGAUGUGAUUUCCCAAGCGAAAUUUGUACCUGUAGGUGCAUGAGAAAGUUGUGGGGCAUAAAUGCAACCGACAAAAUUGUUGAAGCAGUUGGUAACUUGAACCAACUUAAACAUCUCGGGAUAAGAAGGGUAAAAGAAGAGCAUGGAAGGAGACUCUGCCGCUCCAUCGAAAGGAUGAAGGAACUUCUUUCACUGAGCAUAUCUUGUAACAGCGAGGAUGAGUAUCUAAAGCUAGAGUCGCUAGCAAGUCCACCGCCAUAUCUCGAGGAUGUCUGGAUGUUCGGCCGCUUGAAGAUGUUGCCAUCAUGGUUCAGCCAGCUCGAGAACCUCAAGAGGUUAGGCUUACACUUCUGUAAGCUAGCACAAAACCCCUUAUUCUCCCUCCAAGCACAAUUGCCAAACUUGCUGUGGCUUAAACUCUAUGAUGCCUUUGAAGGAAGAGAGCUGCGGUGUUAUACAAACAGCUUUCUCAAGUUGGAGACACUCAUUAUCAUGAACCUUCGCAACUUGAGGAGUAUCGUGGUAGAUGAGCAAGCCUUGCCCAGCCUCCAAACUCUAUCCAUAUGCAGAUGCUCAGAGUUAAGGCGGUUGCCUCCACGGAUCUUUCUCACCCCAGUCUUGAUCUUCAAGGACAUGCAUGAAGAUUUCACAAGAAAUAUUCAGGUGGAACGAGGGGAAGAUAUGCCUCGCAUCAUUAUCCGAUGA